CUAUCUUCACUGCUGUUUGUGCUACUCCUCGUAAUGGCAGCCGUGUCAGCGUGUCGUCGGCCGGCUACCGGGUUGAGCGGCCCGGUGGCUUACCCGAUCAUCGGAGCUCUGCACGCCAUGGACGGGCACCGGGACAGGCCGUUCCGACGGUUUGCCGAGCUGGCCCGCCAGUACGGGCCCGUCUACGCCAUGACCAUGGGUUCGAUGCCGUGCGUGAUCGUCAACGAUUAUCCGUCCAUCAAGGAAGUGCUCAUCACCAACGGUUCCAAGUUUGGUGGCCGGCCCGACUUUCUCCGGUACAACGUGCUGUUCGCCGGCGACCGAAACAACUCGUUGGCAUUGUGCGAUUGGUCAUGGCUUCAAGAGACCAGACGGAAGAUUGCUCGAACAUACUGUUCACCCAAAGUAUGUUCGUCCAACUAUGGACUGCUAGACUCUAUAGCGUCUGAUGAAUUAGAAGUGUUUUUAAAAUCGUUGGCCGCUAUUACCGUUCACGGUUCUGAGCGUGUGGUGCAGGUGAAACAGCCUUUACUGAUGGCCUGCGCAAACAUGUUCACACGGUUCAUGUGUUCGACACAAUUUGAUUACGGUGACCAUGAGUUCCAGACCAUGGUCCGAACGUUUGACGAGAUAUUUUGGGACAUCAACCAAGGUUACGCGAUGGACUUCUUACCGUGGUUAAAGCCAUUUUACGUGGGCCACAUGCGAAAGCUGUCUACAUGGUCGGUGUACAUUAGACGUUUCAUGAUGGAUGCUAUCGUAUCAAAGAGGAGCAGCUACACAAAGGCUGUGUCAGCUACAAUGGAUAACGACUGCCAAGGUAAUGAUGACGAGGACGACGUCGAGGAAGAACCCACAGACUUUACGGAUGCUCUACUCAUAAACUUGCGCAAGGAGCCUAGGCUCCAAAUGGACCACGUGUUGUUUGAACUGGAAGACUUCAUCGGUGGUCAUUCGGCCGUCGGCAACAUGGUCAUGCUCACCCUGUCCAUGGUGGCCACAAGGCCACACGUGGCCCAGGCCAUUCGAGACGAAGCCCAACAAGUCACUGGUGGCCAACGUUUGGUACGUCUCUAUGACAAACCGAACAUGCCAUACACCGAGGCCACUAUGUUCGAGACUCUGCGUGUCAUUUCAUCACCCAUUGUGCCUCACGUGGCAACCGAGGACACUACCAUCAGAGGAUUCAAAAUAUCAAAAGGCACAUGUGUAAUCAUUAACAACUAUGAAAUCAACACUAGUCCGGCAUACUGGGAUAAUCCUAGCGUAUUCGACCCCAAUCGUUUCAUACAUCACAAAUCCGGGGCAAAGUCAUGCAUUCGAAAGCCGGAAUAUUUUCUGCCGUUCAGCACCGGUAAAAGGACGUGCAUUGGACAGCAACUGGUUUCCGGAUUCGGGCUAGUACUGCUAGCCGGCAUACUACAGAGGUACGAAGUAAAGGCCACUGCUGAAUUAGCGAUACCCGAGGCGCGACUGGCUCUCCCACCCGACACGUAUCCGUUGAUAUUGACACCGCUCAACGGAUCUCUAUAG